AUGUCGCGACCUUGUGGACUCCCAGAGCCUGUCAGGAACAACCUCAUAGAUGAUGCCAAGGCCCGCUUGAGAAGGUUCGAUGUUGGGACCAGGUAUUCCCAUUUGUCUUCUAAUAAAUACUCUGUCCUUCUGCCACUGCUGGUCAAAGAAGGAAAUUUGUACUUGCUGCUCACUGUCCGCUCCGACAAGCUGAGAAGGGCACCUGGAGAAGUCUGCUUCCCUGGAGGAAAGAGAGAUCCGGUGGACAUAGAUGACAGGGCCACUGCUCUCCGUGAAGCCCAGGAGGAGGUGGGGCUGCAUCCCCACCAAGUGGAGGUGGUCUCUCACCUGGUGCCAUAUCUGCUUGAAAAUGAUGCACUGGUAACUCCAGUAGUGGGUUUUCUAGACCACAACUUCCAGGCCCAGCCUAAUGCUGAUGAAGUUAAGGAUGUGUUCCUCGUGCCUUUGGACUAUUUCCUGAACCCCCAAGUCUACUACCAGAAACACUUCACACACUCUAGCUUUCAUUUUGUUAUACACUGCUUUGAGUAUACAGACCCCGAAACUGGUGUGAAGUACGUAAUCAAGGGAAUGACUUCUAAACUGGCUGUGCUGGUUGCCUUAAUUAUCUUGGAAAAAAGUCCCUCCUUUGACAUUGAGUUUGAUCUCAAUGACCUGAUACCCUCUUGUGAAAAGACCUUUCUUCGAAAAUAUCCUCCAAGCAAGCUGUGA